CGACAUUGUUUUACACCAAAACCUUUCUGAUGCAGCCUUCAUUGUAAGCAAUAAUGAGAUGAAAAUCUUAAAACCACUAUCACCACAGGUUAUUUUCACAUACAUGAAAAAUGAGAAGGCACUGAAUUGAAAUAUUUGCUAUUCUCAUUACCAUUGCACGGCCAACAUGCAAAUCAUGGAACAUAAUCAAUAAUCCUAAAGAGUAUAUAAACCAUAUCUUGAAUGUAAAUACGAAAAGAGGAAACAGGGCACGACCCAAAUACUAAGUAGUAGGUACAUAGAUGUUUCAUGAACAUCUGCACGGACAAAAAAUAUGAAACCUCUGAGGCAUGCAUCUUCCAUGUUUUGUUCUAAGGUUGAUAACCAAAGUAGUGGUUUAAAUAAAGUACUGAUUGGUUUAUAUUUGUUUAUUUUGCUUGAUUGGCUCAUAAGCCACUUAGCAGGAAGCACUUUUGGCUUUGUGAUUAUCGAGUUCGUGAACUAUCUUGUGGUUAUGUAUGAUGUAACUGUCAACAAACUGAUGUAUGCUUUAGAUUCUUUGAAUUAAAUGUCAGGUUGUAUUCAUAUUUAAUUUUUCACUACCAGCAUUGGUUCACCCUCAGUUGUUGGAAUAACAAUUGCUUUGUAGUGGUUGAUUAUAUAACAUCAUAUGAAGUGUUGACAUGCAUAGUUUUCCCCCCCAGGUUUUGCCAAUCAGAAAUCAGGCAUUUUAAAUGUCUUAUUUCAACAUUCUGAACCAGAAACAAACCCCUCAAUAAGCAUUGAGGCGCUCCAGGCCCUCAAAACUGUGACUCAGAGCCAUCCAAGUAUAAUGGUUUUGUGUUGGGAAAAGAUUUCCUCUUUAACAUAUGAAUAUCUAAGUUCAUCUGCUGAUAAUCAAACUAGAUCCUGGAGAGGUAAUGCGCCCGGAGAGAAAGUCAUCACAGCUGCCAUCAAGGUGAGGCACCUAAACCAUAUAUAUACAAUUCCAAUGUUGUUUGUCCUUCAAAUCAAUAGUGGUAUGGUAUGCUCUGAAGUUCACUAGGUGCUAGAGUGGAACUAGCUUGCUUAAGAGUGCCUAGUCGGGUGUCUAACUUGCCUAGAAGCGUAUGAAUCUAUGGGGGCCUAUGCAUUUUUUAUAGAACAGUGGUUAAAUGAGUUCAUGUUGUGUGUUUGCUUUGUUAAGGAUUAUACUCCGUAACAGUUAAAUGCAUUAAAAUAUUUUGACCAACCAUAUGAAGUCUGUAUGCAACUCUAGGAAGCACUGACACUCCUUAAGAUGUUUUACCUGCAUAUAGGACAUGCAUAUAGGACAGGAGACACCUAAACUGUUUUCUUUUUUUCUUUUCUUAACUUUUUUUUAUAAAUAUGGUGAUGUGCAGACACACACACCCUUUAUCCCAAAUAUAUUUUUUAAAUAUAUAGUUUUUAUUAUCAAUUUUACACCAACUUUUAAAUAGACUGAUUUGAAAACAAUUUUAAUCCAACAUUGUAAACCUUAAAAUUAAUUUGUUUUGCAGAGAGAGGAAGUGUGUGUGUGUGUGUGUGUAAUGAGACUCAUUUUCUCAUGAUAAGCUGCUGAGACAUGUAUAGAUUGACAUACCAUGCUCAUGGACGUGGCUUUCUAUCAUGUGGCAUAAUAAUUCAGAUAUAAACUGUUAGAAGUACAUUUUAAGCUUUCCUUGAAGAUUGUGCUCAUUGUUCAAAAUGCAUCUGCUUUCUUUUAUUAACGAAGUCUCAUGCUCAUGAUACAGUGUUUGUUUUGUAGCAAUUUCACACCCUGACAUGGAACUUGUGAUAUUCUUUUGUCAUCAUGAAAAUGCAGUUUAUAUCUAAUUUUCUCUUUUCAGCUGUGACAUCUAGCUAUGCAUUAUGUUACAUACCCAUGUGCAAACAGCUCUACAUGAUCAUUCACUACGAUACCUGUUGAUGAUUAUUGGUUAGCGUAUGCAUAUUACAGAACAUGAAGCUCCAUUAGUAUUUUUUUUCUUGAUUUUUUUUCAAAUCUCCUCACUUGGGAAUGGCUCUUCCCUUUCAUCCCAAAGAAGCACAUAUGAUCUUUUUUUAAAUCAGGGUUUGUUCCAAAUGGUUAAUUUCUUGUUCUUAUCAUGUAUACUUAGUAGUUUCAGAGUUUUUAACAUGACAUGCAGGUUUUAGAUCAAUGUCUUCGUGCUGCUUCUGGAUUUAAAGGAACAGAAGAUAUUUUUGGUGAUAAGUCACUUGAUAACCCAUUUACAUCUGAUUAUGUGAAGAUAAAGACUAUUUCAUCAGCUCCAGCGUAUGAGAUGCAUACCAAUGUACCAUCUAAAGAUGAAGCUGAAACCUUAUUAGGAAGUGAGCGGUGGCUUGAAUUAAUUGAUAGGCAUCUGCCUCUUAUGCUUGAUCAUUCUUCUGCCAUGGUGAGGGCUACAGCAGUGACGUGCUUUGCUGGAAUAACAUCUUCUGUAUUAUUCUCUUUGUCGAAAGCAAAACAGGAAUUCAUUCUUUACUCUUCUAUCAGCUCUGCUCUAACUGAUGAUGCUCCUUCAGUCAGGUCGGCUGCUUGCCGUGCCAUUGGUGUAAUUGCUUGCUUCCCACAAAUAUUUGACAGAGGUCUUUGAAAAGUUCAUCUAUGCUGCUGAACACAAUAGCCGGGAUACAUCAGCAUCUGUCUGAAUAACAGCUUCAUGGGCUUUAGCAAAUAUAUGUGAUGCCCUUUACCACCAUGUUAAUUUAAAUGGUUUUGAUCCACAUUCUUCGGAUUCAGAAGGAAGUUCUAAAUGGGUCUCAUUGCUAAUUGACAGUUCGUUGCAACUUGCAAAAGAUAAUGACAAGAUCAAAGCAAAUGCUGUGAGAGCUUUGGGGAACCUCUCAAGAUUUGUUCCAUUCAAAAAUAAUUCAAGUGCUUAUGAUAGCGCCGGAAAAUGUACUGGACCUCUGACAUGUAGCUCUGUAAAAGGUUUCAAUAAGAGUGAUGAUCCAAUCGGCAGUCCUAGUCCAAGCAAGAAUCAAUUGGAAGAAUCACAUUGGCUUGAAAAGAUGGUUCAAACAUUUCUUUCUUGUGUUUCAACCGGAAAUGUCAAGGUAAAUCGCCCACCCAUUCCAUUUUUUAAAACAUCACAGCAUCACUUAAGAUUAAUGUU